AUGGCAACAUUAAAUAAAAGAUCAAUAGUACAGUACAUACAGUAUAUUUGUGGAUUAGGUAUCUUAAAUUUAUUACUUUCGUUGUACAUGUCAUUUGGAAACAUUGAAAGUGGAACUUGCGAUUUAAACACAACUCUCUCAUGUACCUCAGUUAUAAAAAGUGAAUAUGGAAAAAUUUUAGGUUUACCAGUUGCUUACUAUGGUAUCUCUUGGAAUAUAGUUUUACUCUAUUGUGUUUGGAGAAUUUAUUUAGAAGAUAAAAUCCCAGCAUACAUUACAACUAUUUAUUUGUGGUGUUCUGUUGGUGUUGGUUUUGUAAUCUAUUUUAUUGCAGCAGAAAUUAUAAUUGGUAAAAUUUGUCCAUUUUGUACAAUGGUACACAUUAUAAAUGUUGGAUUAAUGUAUUUAGCAUUUAAAGUUUAUAAUGACCUUAAAGCCCCACCACCAAUUUGGGUUGUAGCAAACUCAUUAAAAUCAUUUAUUGUAUCAGUAGCAAUUGGUCAUUUAUUAAUUGGUAGUGGUGGAUUAGUAAUCAAUGGCGUUAGUAACGAGCCAAGCAAGAUUAGCGAGACAUUCUCCCAAUGUCUUUCAAGAAAGAAUAUGGUUAUGUUUGGAUCAUCAAGAUGUGGUGCAUGCAUUAAUCAAAAGAAAUUAUUUUUAGUAGAUGGUGUUGAAGAGCGUUUAACUCCAUGGAAUAACGUAAAUUUUGUAGAAUGCUCAAAAUCAAAGAAAGAUGCAAAUAAAUUUAAUGAAGAAUGUGAAAAUUGGGAUAUUGGACGUUAUCCAACUUGGUUAAAAUUUGCAAAAGAAUAUAUCCCAGAAGACGACAAAUCAAAAAAUGAAAUAUUAGAAAAACAUGAAGGUGUUUUAUCAAUAGUUCAAUUAAGUAAAAUGUCUGGUUGCGAAUUUAUUGAAUCUGAUUCAAAUGAAAAAUCAACAAUCAUUUAA